GAUGAGAAAAAUCAGAUGAUGACGACCAACGUGUGGUUGAAACAGGAAUGGACGGAUUAUAAACUGCAGUGGAGCCCCUCCGACUUUGACAACGUGACGUCCAUCAGAGUUCCUUCUGAGCUGAUCUGGGUGCCCGACAUCGUGCUGUACAACAAUGCAGACGGAGCGUUCGCCGUCGCCCACAUGACCAAGGCCCAGCUCUUUCACACCGGUCGCGUCCGUUGGGUGCCCCCGGCCAUCUACAAGUCGUCCUGCUCCAUCGACGUCACCUUCUUUCCCUUUGACCAGCAGAGCUGCAAGAUGAAGUUUGGCUCCUGGACGUACGACCGAGCCAAGAUCGACCUGGAGCCCUUUGAGAACACUGUGGACCUGAAGGAUUACUGGGAGAGCGGAGAGUGGGCGAUUGUCAACGCCGUGGGCACCUACAACACCAAGAAAUACGACUGCUGCCAUGAGAUCUACCCUGACAUCACCUACUGCUUCGUCAUCCGCCGCCUCCCGUUGUUCUACACCAUCAACCUCAUCAUCCCCUGCCUCCUCAUCUCCUGCCUGACCGUCCUGGUUUUCUACCUGCCGUCGGACUGCGGCGAGAAAAUCACGCUGUGCAUCUCCGUGCUGCUGUCGCUCACCGUCUUCCUGCUGCUGAUCACAGAGAUCAUCCCGUCCACUUCGCUGGUCAUACCGCUGAUCGGGGAGUACCUGCUCUUCACCAUGAUUUUUGUCACGCUGUCAAUCGUCAUCACCGUGUUCGUGCUGAACGUGCACCACCGGUCGUCAGCGACUCACACCAUGCCUCGAUGGGUUCGGGGGCUUUUCCUCACCGCGGUGCCACGCUGGCUGUGCAUGAAGCGCCCACAUCAUGGUCUCGGGCCUGUCAGGCGGCGCCACCUGACUGAUAAACUCCUCCCUCUCCGGACUCCUGGCCCCUCCCACGUCACAUCCACUUGGAUCACCGAGGAGUCGGACAUCGAUCUCCGUGGUUACCAGGACGACAUCGGUUGCCAUGGCGGCCACCAGCUGGACUCCUUGGAUACCGGAGAUGAAAUUCACCACUGCGAUCUUCACGGUUACCCAAACACGGAUAACUUGGCGCGGUUUGGGAUGAAGGUAGCCGGUCGGCCGAGGAUGUCUUCCCUCUCUCCUCCUUCCCCUCCAUCUCUUGGUUACACCCUCCUCCCGCAGAGAUACUCCACGCUCAGCUUGGACCGUGACGACCCUUCCGUGGAGCAUGGUUCGAUCCGGAGCCCGUCGGCCUCCAUGCUGUCUCCUGCGGCGGUUUCAGCCCUGGAGGGGGUCACCUACAUCGCAGAGCAACUGAGAGCAGAGGAUGCAGACUUCUCGGUGAAGGAGGACUGGAAGUAUGUAGCCAUGGUUGUAGACCGGAUCUUCCUGUGGAUGUUCAUUAUCGUGUGUCUGCUGGGGACAGUCGGACUCUUCUUGCCUCCGUGGCUCUCUGGGAUGAUUUAG